AUGGAGAAUGUUGAAGCAAAUUGGGAAAAUCUUCCCACGCUCUGUUUCUUUUUAGUUCUUAACAAAUUAGAUGCCUAUAGCAAUCAAGUUCGAUUUGGUGCAGUUUGUAAGCAUUGGCAUUCAGCCUUCAAUAAUUUUGUUGACUUGAAAAGGCAAUCAUCACCUAAUCUAGUUCCCAUGUUGUUGAUUCCAACAAGAAUGAGCAACAGAAUUCGACAAUUAUGUAGCCUACAAGUCAAAACAAAAUUCUGCAACAUUGAAUUACCAAAAUCUCAUAUUAUGAGAUUUUGUGGUUCUUCUUAUGGUUGGUUAGCGGCUGUGAACAACAAUAUGGUUAUAACUCUCGUAAAUCCUUUUAAGGAUGGAAUCACAAUUGAUCUUCCUGAGAUUGAACUUCUAUCAGAUCGAACAUCAGCAGGUUACCAAUUUGACGUUCAUAAGGUUAUCUUGUCAGCUGAUCCUUUAUCACAUCCAGAUAAUUAUGUGGUUGUGGUUAUUUAUAGCAAUAGAGCCAGAUUAGCCUUCUAUAAGCCUACACAGAAAAGUUGGAUAUAUUUGGAUAAGAAUUUGACAGCUUUCACUGAUGUUAUUUUUUACAAAAAUUUAGCAUAUGCUAUUGGAACUCGGAGUUUGGUAAUAUCUUUUGCUAUUAAUGAUAGUCUUGACGAUAGUUUGAAAUCACCAAAAGUGAAGAUAGUCAGGUCGGCAUAUCAAAGGAUAGAAGACUAUGUUAAUCGAGCAUAUCUUGUUGAAUCAUCUAAAGGAGAUCUAUUCUCUAUUAAAAAGAAAAUCGAAUUUGAGGACUCUCGUGAUUAUUCUUAUUUUACUAAGAGUUUCAAGGUUUUCAAGUUGGUUUUGGAUGAUCAAAGUGGUAAAUUGUUAGAGGAAAAAGAGGUCAAGAAUAUAGAUGGAGAUGUAGUGUUUGUGGGUGAUAAUCAAACCUGUGUUGUUUCAGCUUUGGAUUUUCCUGAAGGCCAACCUAAUUCUAUAUAUUUCACAGAUGAUUAUUUCAUUUUUACUGGUUAUUGGCCACUUGGCCCUCGAGAUAAUGGUGUUUUCAACAUGAAAGAUGGAAAAGUGGAAAAAUAUUAUCGACGAAAAGCUCAGCAAACAGAUUUACCUCCUCCUCACAUUUGGGUCCAACCAUCAGUUGAAUUUAAAUUUCGAUAG